AUGUCAUCCUCUCAUCAUCUCGCUAGGAGUGUUUCAACACUCGACAAGAACCAUUUGAGAAAAUAUUCUCUCAUGCUCUAUCGAGCCCUUUUAAAGAAGAGUGUGGAUUUUCAUCUCAAGAAUGAGCCUUCUCCAACACGAAGUUACCGAGUGAGUUAUUUAAUUCCAGGAGAAGAAUUCAAGAAUUAUUUGACUGGAGAAAUUCGGAAACAAUUUAAACAGGCUCAGCGGUUAUAUAGAGAAGAAAAGAAGACUCCCGAAUGGUUUGAACAGCAAUUAAAGGAUGGAUUUAUUUAUUUGAAAGGCCUAGAGAGAGCCUUUGAUGAAGGAUUCAACAUGACCCAUAACAAACGGAAGGCUAUCCGAUUGAGUCCUCUCCUUCAUAUUCUCAAAUUGGCAUGUGGAGAGUAUGGAAAUUAUCAUUAUCAUCAGAAAUUGAAAGAACUUUUCUUGUUGGCCACAUUAAUGACCUAUCAAAAAGUUCAGCCUAAACCUGUGGCUUCUUCAUCCACUCAAAAAGCAUCAGCAGCAACAACAAGAGAAAAACGAAUAGAAAAAGCAUCUCAAUAA